UAUAUACCAGGCCAAGGGGCGAAGGGCGCACGCGGGAAGGCCCUUAAGAGAUGUGAGGCACGUGGGACGGGCCUCGGCGUCUGAUUGGCUCGUCCCAACAGAAAAGGGCGGGGCUGGGCAGAAGGGGGAUGGUCGAUUUCUUCAGCACUGGCUUCCUUCCGGUCGAGGCGAGAGGCAUGCGGCCCGGCAAAAGAGAGAGGGAAGGAAGAAGAGGGCGGAGUCCAGUGUGAGUGACAGCUCUCUAGUCCUAUCGCGCUCGCCUGGUGGGCCCCGCCCUCCGCGCUCGGUUACGCCCGAGGCGAAGCUCUGGGGUUGCUGCGGCUGCAGGGGAGGAGGGCACCUGGGGCAGCUGUGGGAGCCGAGUGAGGCUGCACCAUGGGCCGGUUGCUGCGUGCCGCCCUGUUGCUGACUUGGGGUGUGUCCUUGAGUAUGUGCCUGAUAGGGCUUGAAGAGCCUGGCCCUGAGGGGCUCACUUCUACCUCUUUGUUGGAUCUCCUGCUGCCAAGUGGACUGGAGUCAGUAGACCCAGUUGAGCCAAGUGAGGCUAUUGGGCCAGGAAUUGGGUUGGGAGGCCCUGGUUCAGGCUUCACCAGUGAAGAGAAUGAAGAGUCCAAGAUUCUGCAGCCACCACAGUAUUUCUGGGAAGAUGAGGGAGAGCUAAAUGACUCCACCUUGGACCUAGGACCCACUGAAGAUUACACCUUUCCACUCUCACCACAGAAAUCAGUACCAGAAGAGGACAAGAUCCAGGACCAAGAAGUUCUAAGCCUCUCCUCUCCCCUGCCCACAAUGAAUCUGGUUGAGCCACCCUGGCAUAACCCUCCUGAGGAUUUAGAUGAAGAGGAAGAAGAAGAAGAGGAAGAGGAAGCGGAGGAGGAAGAGGAGGAAGAAGAAGAACAGGAAGAGGAAGAGGAAGAAGAAAAGGAACUGGAAAAGGAGCAGGAGGAGAGAUUGCUUCCAGUGAACGGUUCCCAAGAGACACCCCAAUCUCAGGUCCCUGGCCCUGUUUCUACCAGCAGUACCCCACCUGGUUCAGUGCCAGAGACUCCCAGAAAUAGACAUGAAGAUCCUGUGGACCAGGGUGUGGAAGUGGGGAGCAGCAUGGAAUCAAGCUUAUCACCACUUCCAAUCAUCCCAGCUACAGUGGCCCUGGGUAGCCAAGACUUUACCAAACAGGAGGCAGAGACAACUGUGGGAGUGAUAGAACAAGAUACAGGACAUUCAAAGGAGUUAGAAAUCCAUGGGGGAAUAGAUGAGGAGGCUACAGUGGUGACAAAAGGACCGCUGGUCAAGCAAGGAGAUGAGUUUCCUUCAUUAUCACCUUUUCAAAGAAAUGUGCCAUCUGGGGAUCUUUUCCAAGCUAGUAUCUCUGCCUCUCCCACCCUGGAUCUCACUGGAAUAGAUCUCACAUCCUCUGCUGCUGCCACAGGGCAACAUGACCUUCCUCUUCAAGUUGAGGAUGGGAAGGUUCCUGGGGUACCCACCAGAACAUCCUGGGACCCAGCUCAGGUUAUCUGCAAAGAUUGGAGCAACCUAGCUGGAAAGAACUAUAUCAUCCUGAAUAUGACAGAGAACAUAGACUGUGAGGUAUUCCGGCAACACAGAGGGCUUCGGCUCCUGGCCCUGGUAGAAGAGGUGCUGCCCCGGCAGGGGGACGGGCGUCCUGGGGACUGGCACAUCUCCCUGAGCAAACCCAGUGAAAAUGAGCAACAUUUGCUGAUGACCCUAGUGGGAGAGCAGGGGGUGGUUCCAACUAAAGAUGUCCUUUCAGUUCUGGGUGAUAUCCGGAGAAGCUUGGUGGAGAUUGGCAUCCAGAAUUACUCCACUACCACCAGCUGCCAGGCCCGGCCGAGCCAGGUCCGGAGUGACUAUGGAAAGCUCUUUGUUGUUCUGGUCGUCAUCGGCUCCAUCUGUGUCAUCAUCAUAGUGCUGGGGCUCAUCUACAACUGUUGGCAGCGUCGCCUACCCAAGCUCAAGAACAUGUCCCAUGGAGAAGAGCUUCGUUUUGUGGAGAAUGGAUGCCAUGACAACCCCACAUUGGAUGUAGCCAGUGACAGCCAGUCGGAAAUGCAGGAGAAACAACCCAGUCUGAAUGGGGGCAGUACAGUCAAUGGGCCUGGAGGCUGGACUGUGCUGAUGGGGGGCAAGAGAGACCCUGAGGACUCUGAUGUAUUUGAGGAGGACACACACCUGUGAAUUAGGUUGGGGGAUCAGUUCCCUCCCCGCCCUCCAUCACUACCAGGCACACUCCUUUCUUUCCAUCCUAGAACUUGGGACCAGAACUCUGGACAAAACCAGAAUGAUAUUGCUGAAGGUGUGAGUGCAACAUAGUCAGGCCAGGUUAGGUACAUAGCAAAGAGAAGUACCCAAUUCUGUCCUGCUUUAGAGACAACUCUCUAUUAUUCUGCUCAAACCCACCACUAGAUCACAUCUUUCUCCCUUCUUCUAAAUCACCUCUCACCCUUCCCUUGAAGCCUGGCAUCUAUCUCUUUGCUGGCCCUGUGCAUCCCAAGCAGAGAGCCGAUGACCUGAUCUGCCCCCAUCUCCAAGGUGGGAAACUCCCCUUGUUUAACUCUUAUUUGAUGAGGUGAAGAAGGGGCCCAGAAGGAAGAACACUGGUUGAUGGCAGAGGUUGUGUCUGAAUCUAAAAUAUUGGCUUGAGCACCUGGGACAAAGAGAAAAGUCACCCUUCAUUUUUUUGUUCCUUCAGAAAGCACCACCAGGAAACCCGAAUAAGCUGCAGCCCUUCCCCCCACUUCCUUUCUCGGCCUCAGUCUCCAACAUCUUGCUUUGGUUAACCCCAAAGCACAGACUGGGUGGGCCCAAAGCCUGCUAGGGAUUAGGACUAUGCAGCCCACUCUGCUUCUCACAACCUUAGCACGACAAACCCCCAUUGCCCCUCUGCUGUGUGGAGCAGAUCCUGGUCCGUACCCCAAAGCUAACACUGAUGUUGCCCCUUCUUUGGGAGUCUCCCUGUCCCCAGCUAACUCCGGAGCCACUAUGACUUCUCUUGGUCUAAGCAGCCAAGGUCUGAGAAGCAGCCCACAAAGCUUGCCCCUCCCGUUUCCCCAAACGUGAGUUAGAGAAACAGCGCUUCACUUCCGGCCCCCCUCUAUCUCUUGUGCUGUUGCCAAGUUGAUUUCUCAUGUGCUAUUGAUAGACCUCAAUUUGCUGAGGGGUUUUCUUCAAAAUCCCUGCAUACCCCCCAGUAGCAGCAGUGAUUUAUUCUAAGAUCUUCAGGGCAGGCAUUGAGUGCGUUUCCCCUGAGGCUCGAGGCAAGGUACUUGAAGGUGGAAGCUGCUGUUAUGUUGUUAUGGGGGGUGGGAAGGGGGAGGAAAGGGCGGAUGACAUCCUCUCCCUGUUCCUAGUCCAGCUCUCCUCCGGGCACCGCGGAACUGAUUAAACUGGCCCUGGAUUAAGGAUGCUGAGCAGAAA